UUAGCUGUAUGCCGUGCUUUUCCAGUUCCAGGAUGGCCUGCUCCACGCAUCUGGUCCUCUUCCUCACCAUCUUGCUAAGCCUCGCAGAAACACCAGACUCUGCACCUGCUCACAGGGGACGAGGAGGCUGGACCCUCAAUAGUGCUGGCUACCUCCUGGGUCCUGUCCUCCACCUUUCCUCAAAGGCCAACCAGGGCAGGAAGACCGACUCAGCUCUUGAGAUCCUAGACCUGUGGAAGGCCAUAGAUGGGCUCCCUUAUUCCCGCUCUCCAAGGAUGACCAAAAGGUCAAUGGGAGAAACGUUUGUCAAGCCGAGGACUGGAGAUCUGUGCAUACUGGACAAGAAUGUUCCAGAUGAAGAAGCCACCCUGAACUCAUAGAGAGUUAGCCCUACCUCACUCCUUCUAUGUUUCCAGCUCACCACCCACUCCCCUCACCCCGCCCCCGGAAGCGCUCUCAACACCCUUCGCUAAGUCUAAGACCUUACAACUAUAUUCCCUAGUCUCACUAAGACAUGUUGUGAUAUUUAAAGAGUUAUUCUG